AUGCCUGCCUCACCUGCAGACACAGUAGCCUUCAUCGGCCUUGGGGUCAUGGGAUAUCCCAUGGCGAAGAAUCUCCGUGCCGGUCUGGGCGCCGACAAGACGCUUCUCAUCUGCGACGUGAGCAAGGAGGCGAUAGAAAAGUUCAAGAAGGAGACCGCGUCCAGUAAAGGUCCCGUCGAGGUCGUAAACAGCGGCUUCGAGGCUGUCAAGGCAGCUAACACAGUCAUAACCAUGCUCCCCGGCUCGGCCGCCGUCCAGUCCGUCUACCUCGAUCCACAAACCGGCGUCCUCGCAGGCGCCGUGGCAGCAGCGAAAGAGAGCAGCUCAAAGCCAGAGGAAAAGCUCAUAAUGGAAUGCGGCACCAUAGAAACCGACACCAUUCUGGCAGUCGCCAAAGCCACCCAGGAGGCGAGCGCCUCAGAGCUCUCGGACAGCCUGACCUUUGUAGACGCUCCAGUAUCCGGCGGCCCAAUGGGUGCCGUGGACGGGACUCUCACCUUCAUGGUGGGCUGCGCACCUACAGCCUCCCCACGCGUGUUCCCCAUCGUCAAGUCCUACCUGCAGCACAUGGGCAAGCCAGAUGCCAUCUUCCUGUGCGGCGACGUGGGCGCGGGCACGGCCUUCAAGAUCAUUAACAACUACCUCAGCGCCAUCACCUCGCUUGCUGCCUCCGAGGCUCUCAACAUCGGCGUCAAGGCCGGUCUGGACCCGAAGCUUCUAACAGACGUGAUCAACGUCAGCGGCGGACAGUGCUGGGUAACGAGCAAGAGCAACCCCGUCCCAGGCGUACAAGCGAAUGUGCCAAGUAGUAGAGACUAUGAGGGAGGAUUCCGAAUCGAGCUAUGCGCCAAGGUGCUAGGAAUGGGCAGCAGGUUGGCGGAAAUGGUCGGCGCAAGGACAAUUCUCGACACACCCACCAUGGACGCAUUCAAGGAGGCUAUAGGGGACGACAGAUAUGCCGGCAAAGACGCACGGGUGGUGUACAAGUGGUUGAAUGAGAGCAAGAGGUAA